UCUUCUAUGCCCGACAUGGCGGGUUAUGCAUCGUAUAUCGGGAAUCGUGUGUUUACUAACUUCCCACACACCGACGAUUCGAUACCUACCCCGUUUUCACAAUCGCCCAUCGACCUUUCACCAACCUCCAUCGACCUUUCACAAAACGAAUCCGUUCCCGAAACUCAACCACCCAAUGAUGGUCCUUCUGCAUCGAAACCCAUCAAAAAGAGAAGUUAUAAGAAAAAACCCGAGGCAGAUAAAGUAGUUGAAACCGCCAAACGAAAACAACAAAAAUGGGUCGUUGCUGAAGAAGUUGCAUUGUCGAGGGCUUGGUGUCAACAAUCUCAACAUUCAACUUUAGGAAAUUCGCAACAUCGAACCACCCUGUGGGAAUCGGUUAGUAGAGUAUUCCAUGAAGAAAUGGGAAGGGAUGCUUAUCGUGAAAACGAUAGCUUAUCCUCAAAGUGGAGCGAGAUAAGCACCCAACUUACAAAAUUUAGUGGUUUUUUAAAUAAAGCAAAGCAAAACCCUAAAAGUGGUGAAACCGAAGCCGACAUUUUGACAAAUGCAGUGGUCACAUUCAAAUCAAAUGUGGGGACCGACUUCCGGUGA